AUGGCCCGGGCCGGUGGGGCGGCGGCGGCGGCGGCGGCGGCGGCGGCGGCGGGGCGGCGGCAGCGAGCGCUGCUGCUGCUCAUGGUGCUGCUGCCCGAGCCGGACCGCCGGGGCCGGGCCGGGGGGCGGCGGAGGCGGCGGGGAGAGGGCGGUGAUGGCGUUCCCGGGACCCCCGGGCCGCCCCCCCCCGGCCGCCCGCUGCUGCUGCUGCUGCCGCUGCCGCCGCCGCCGCCGCUGCCUCCGCCCCGCGCCGCCGCCGCCGCCGCCGCCGCCCGCCCGGAGGCGCUGCCCCGCGGGGGGGUCCCCAUGAAGGAGGAGCCGCUGAGCGCGGGGCUCCCCGCCGGCCGCUGGCUGCAGGGCACCGGCAUCCUGGACGCCAGCACGGCGGCGCAGAGCGGGGUGUCGCUGGCCCGCGCUCACUUCGAGAAGCAGCCCCCGGCCAACCUGCGCAAGUCCAACUUCUUCCACUUCGUGCUGGCCAUGUACGACCGCCAGGGCCAGCCCGUGGAGGUGGAGCGCACCUGCUUCAUCGACUUCGUGGAGAAGGAGAGGGAGCAGAACGGGGAGAAAACCAACAACGGGAUCCACUACCGGCUGCAGCUGCUCUACAGCAACGGGCUGCGGACCGAGCAGGAUUUGUACGUCCGCCUCAUUGACUCCAUGUCCAAGCAGGCCAUCAUUUACGAGGGGCAGGACAAGAACCCCGAGAUGUGCCGGGUGCUGCUGACCCACGAGAUCAUGUGCAGCCGCUGCUGUGACAAGAAGAGCUGCGGGAACCGCAACGAGACCCCCUCGGACCCGGUCAUCAUCGACAGGUUUUUCCUCAAGUUUUUCCUCAAGUGCAACCAGAACUGCCUGAAAAACGCCGGGAACCCGCGGGACAUGCGGCGCUUCCAGGUGGUGGUGUCCACCACGGUGCACGUGGACGGCCACGUCCUGGCCGUGUCCGACAACAUGUUCGUCCACAACAACUCCAAGCACGGCCGGCGCGCCCGGCGCCUCGACCCCUCCGAAGCAGCCACCCCCUGCAUCAAGGCCAUCAGCCCCAGCGAGGGCUGGACCACGGGCGGUGCCACCGUCAUCGUCAUCGGGGACAACUUCUUCGAUGGCCUCCAGGUGCUCUUCGGCACCGUGCUGGUGUGGAGCGAGCUCAUCACCCCCCACGCCAUCCGCGUGCAGACCCCCCCCCGCCACAUCCCGGGGGUCGUGGAGGUGACAUUGUCCUACAAGGCCAAGCACUUCUGCAAGGGCGCCCCGGGACGCUUCGUCUACACCGCCCUGAACGAGCCCACCAUCGACUACGGCUUCCAGCGGCUGCAGAAGGUGAUCCCGCGGCACCCCGGGGACCCCGAGCGCCUGCCCAAGGAGGUGCUGCUGAAGCGCGCGGCCGACCUGGUGGAGGCGCUUUAUGGGGUCCCCCACAGCAACCAGGACGUGCUGCUGAAGCGGGCGGCCGACGUGGCCGAGGCGCUCUACAGUGUCCCCAGGGCCCCCGCGCAUGUCACUGUCCCCUCCUUCGGCGGGGGACAGCUCGGCCUCGCCAUGGGCGACUCCCCGCAGGGCUCCGAACAAGGGUUCUCCCGCAGCCCCGGGACGCCCCCGGCGCGGGGGUUCGGCCCCCCGGGCUCGGCCCCCCAGCAGGGCUUCGCCGGGGCCACCGGCGGCUUCGGCGGGGCCACCAUGGCCGGGCUGGGGGUCCCCGGGUCCCCUCCGAGCUUCCUGAACGGCUCCACCGCCACCUCCCCCUACGCCAUCCUGCCCGCCAGUCCCCCGCUGGGCGCCUCGUCCGUCGCUGUCACCUCGGGCCCGGGCACGGCCACCUCUCCUGGUGGCUUCUCCUUCUCUCCGGUGACGAUGAUCUCGGCCGUGAAGCAGAAGAGCGCCUUCGCCCCCGUGCUGCGGCCACAGGGGUCCCCCCCGCCCGCCUGCGCCAGCGCCCUGCAAGACCCAGCUUUCGAGGACUCGGACAAAUUCCACGCUCCGGCGCGGCCGCUCCAGGGAUUGGCCUAUUCCUAAGGACGGCGUGUCCCGAGGGGCUCCGGACCCCCCAUCCCGCCGGGACAAGGACUGGGGACAUCGCUGUCCCCUGUGCCCUCCCCUCAGAGAUGGGCGGAGCCACCGGGCGGAGCGGGAUCAGGGGACCCGGCCCCCCGAUGUCCCCACCCCGGGUGGCCCCGGCCUGGCCCGGCUGAGGGGGGACUUGGGGAAAUCCUGGAAGGAGCCAAAAUUCCUGGGUUUGGCCUCGGGAAGAGGCGGAGAGAGCCGGGAAUGGGGGCAGAGGAGGGAGUGGGAUGGAGGUGCCGGGAUGGGCGGGAGGGGUGGUCCAGGAUGGGAGGGAUGGAAGCUCUGGAAAAGGAUGGAUGAUCCAAGGUGGGAUGGAUGAUCCAAGGUGGGAUGGAUGAUCCAAGGUGGGAUGGAAGCUCUGGAAAAAGAUGGAUGAUCCGUGGUGGGAUGGAAGCUCUGGAAAAAGAUGGAUGAUCUGAGGUGGGAGGGAUCAUCCAAGGUGGGAUGGAUGCUUCAGGUGGGAUGGAAGCUCUGGAAAAGGAUGGAUGCUCCAGAUUGGGAUAGAUGAUCCAAGGUGGGAUGGAAGCUCCAGGAUGGGUUGGAUGAUCCAGGUGGGAUGGAUGCUCUGGAAUGAGAUGGGUGCUCCAGGUUGGGAUGGAUAUUCCAAGGUGGGAUGAAUGUUCCAAGGUGGGAUGGAAGCUCUGGAAAUGGAUGGAUGAUCCCGGAUGGGAUGGAAGCUCCAGAAUAGGGUGGAUAUUGAGGAUUAGAGGGAUGAUCCAGGAAAAGAUGGAUGCUCCUGGGUUGGGAAUGAUCUGGAGUGGGAUGGAUGGAUCAAGGAUGGAUGGAUGGAUGGAUGGAUGGAUGGAUGGAUGAUGGAUGGA